AUGCGUGCUGCCGCAGAGAGCAGAAUUUACGUUGAUGUUGGUUUCUGGGGAGGUCUUGUUCCUGAAAAUGCAUUCAGCGCAUCUGCUCUUGAGGAUCUGUUAAAUGCCGGUGUUCUUGGUUUGAAGUCUUUCAUGUGUCCAUCAGGGAUCAAUGACUUUCCUAUGACAAAUGCCAGUCAUAUUAAGGAGGGACUAUCUGUACUGGCAAAAUAUAGAAGGCCUUUACUUGUACAUGCAGAGAAACAACUAGAUCUUGAAAGCGAUUUGGGAGUUGAAGGUGGUAGUAACGAUGCUCAUUCUUAUUCGACGUAUCUGAAGACCAGGCCACCUUCAUGGGAAGAGGCAGCUAUUAGGGAUCUCUUGACCUUGACAAAGGACACAAGGUUUGGUGCCCCAGCAAAAGGAGCUCAUCUUCAUAUUGUUCACUUGUCUGACUCAAGCUCUUCAUUAGAUCUUAUUAAGGAUGCAAAAAGUGGUGGUGACAGUGUAACUGUGGAGACGUGCCCCCACUACUUAGCAUUCGCAGCAGAAGAGAUUCGGAAUGGAGAUACUUGUUUUAAGUGUUCUCCACCCAUCCGUGACACUGCCAACAAGGAAAAACUGUGGGAGGCUUUGUUGCUAUGCAAUCAUUCUAUGUUUGCCUGUAUACAUGAUGGGAUAGCCAUCUAUCCACCAUCAAAUUGGUUCUAUUUGGUUUCACUGUUUUGUUUCAGGUAGGACAUGUUGACAAGCUAAGCUCUGAUUAUUCACCAACUCUGCUGGAACUCAAGCUUCUUGAUGAUGGAGACUUUUUCAGGGCUUGGGGUGGCAUUGCAGUUUGUUCUUCCCGUGACAUGGUCAUAUGGCCAGAAAUAUAGAGUGACUUUAGAACAUCUAGCUUUAUGGUAGAGUGAAAGGCCCGUCAGGCUUGCCGGACAAGAAUUGAAGGGAGCAAUUGCAAUUGGGAACCAUGCAGAUAUGGUAGUGUGGGAUCCAGAUGUGGAGUUGUCUUAUUUUCGUAUUUGGCAGGUCCAUAGUUGUCAUAGACUGUCUUCUGCAUUUUUAUAGGGAUUUUUUAGAACACUUGUGACCUUAAACGGUACUAUGAUCUUCCAAGGACAAGCAACAGAACCCACGGUUGUGGUUGAAGCUUAUAAAGUUCUAC